AUGGAUGCGAACAGCUCCAAACAAGGCACUUCGGGGCGUGUCCUCAAUGAAAAACUUUCUGAAAAGGUUCCCUCAGGCCUGUCAUCACCAAUUGCACCCGCGUCCUCGAACCAUCUGAGCAUCGAUACCCAGGCUGUCGCUCUGCGCAAUGGUGCUUACGACUCGCCAGCCACCGCGUCCCGAAUUCCGGGUGGGCAGAUAGAAGAGCUCAUACAGUCGCAACAUUUCACUUUAAGAACUCUGCCUCCAUGGAUUCAAUCUGUCCAAGCCGCCGACGACGAGGGAGAGGAUGCCACAGCAGCCGAUCGUCUUUUACCUUCCCAACCGAGCGAUGCAUUUGUGGCUCAGCAUAAUCACUCGCCUCAUGCAUCAUCAAGCCACCACUAUACUCCAUCACAAGAUCAACCUCUCUUUGAGGAGGACCGUUCGCCGUCCACAGAACGCGAAUCACGCUGGAUAACAUUCUCGCGAUCUAUUCAAUACCCACGGGAAAAUGGCCACGAGAAAAAAGAAGUCACGCCCGAGUGGAUGCUCGAGAACCACGGCAGUUAUGCGGAUCCUUGGCGAGGAAAGCACCUUGAAGGUGACAGCCCAGAGUAUCCAUUGCACUCGAAGAAUCGCCGUGAGAUGUGGUUUAAGAGGUUCCAAAGCACUCUUCUCAAAAGUCCCAUAGUGCCGCUGAUUUUACGUCUAACCGUCUGGUGUUUCUCUCUCUCUGCUCUCGCCUUGGGCGGAUCUAUCCAACAUUUCUCUGAUCAGGGCACCCACUCGCAAGGACCAUCUGCCCUGAUGGCCAUCAUUGUUGACGCCAUCGCCCUGGUGUACCUCCUCUAUAUUACGUUUGAUGAAUACACCUCAAAGCCCCUGGGCCUGCGUUCGCCUUCAGCGAAGGCGCGACUUAUCUUGUUGGAUUUGGUCUUCAUCGUCUUCGAUUCCGCCAAUCUUAGCUUGGCAUUUGCUUCUUUAUCAGAAGUGACAGGAUCGUGUACUGAAGCAGAAGUCAACCAAGAGAUAGACCCUCGUAAUGACAGAAUUUGUGUUCGACAGAAAGCCCUGGCAUCGGUUCUCCUGGUGGCUCUACUUGCCUGGCUAAUGACAUUCUGCAUCAGUGUCCUCCGACUUGUUGAAAGGGUGAAGCAUUAA